AUGAGAGAAGAAGACUUUAGGAUUCAAAAAGCUAUGGAAAUUUCAGAUUUGCCAAAAUUAGGGUCUCAUUUCAAUAAUAGCAGAAGCUUUGCUGGGAUUGCUUGGGAAAUCUAUAAAGCAAACCUUAAUAAAAUGACCAAGUAUUGGAAAUGGAAAACUAUAAAAAAUGCUUAUUAUGACUCAAAUCCAUUGAUAUCGUUUUUCACAUGAACUGUAAUGGUGCCUGUCGGUGGGAGUUUUUGUAUUUUUGGCUGGUAUAUGCUGUUUCUCUUAUACAGAAGAAAAGUUAAAAUAAACAAAACUACAUACGCAAUGAAUCAAUAUCAAAAGAAAGCCUUUUUGCAGAAGAAAUUUAAGAGCAGUCCACUAAAUAAGGAAGAACCCAAACAUUUUAUAUCAUAA